CAUUACUCCUGCAAGACGCCUGCAGAAGUAACAGCUGAUGAUUUCGUGUAUUCAGGCCUACGUGUGCCUGGUAACACCUCAACCCUCUUCAAUGCCGCCAUCAACUCAGCAUCUGUUCAUAAGUUCCCAGUCUUGAAUGGCCUUGGCGUCUCCGUGGCACGAGCAGACAUAGCCCCUGGCGGUGUGCUUCCAAUGCACACUCACCCCGGCGGUUCAGAGAUAAUUCUUGUAGCCAAGGGCUCUGUCACUGCUGGUUUAAUUUCUUCGGAUGAUACCGUCUACUUGAAGACUGUCGAAGAGGGGAAUAUCAUGGUUUUCUCUCAAGGGUUGCUGCAUUUCCUGGUGAAUACUGGUGGGACACAGGCACUCCUUUGGGGAGUGAAGGGGGCGACGAUUGGAAGUGGUGCAAAUAGCGGCACCGCCGACAACAACUUGGCGGUGGUGGAGUUGAUGAAGAAAUGA